GAAGAAGAAGAAGAAUUGCGCUUGUUUUCUUCCAAUCCAGCAGACGGCAGUAAAGGCUAACCAUCCUUACACACACUACCAUCUUCCAUAAUCUUCCAUAGCAACCAAACACCGACUUUUUUGUAAGAUGGCAAAGGUUGAGGAGACACUUAAGAGGAUCCAGAGCCAGAAAGGAGUGCAAGGAAUCAUCAUUGUUAAUGCUGAAGGCAUCCCUGUCAAAAGCACCCUUGAUAACUUGAGCACUGUACAAUAUGCUGCCCAUAUCCAGCAGCUGCUAAUGAAGGCACGGAGCAUGGUGAGAGACAUUGACCCUCAGAACGACCUCACUUUUCUCAGGGUUCGUUCAAAGAAGAAUGAGAUCAUGAUUGCUCCAGACAAGGACUAUUUCCUGAUUGUCAUUCAGAAUCCUACAGAGUAGAACUAAAUCAUCAUAAUACUGUUUCCAUAGUAAUGUCUUUUUAAUUAAUUGCCAAAAGUGUUUUGCUUUUCAUAUAUUCCAGAAAAGUGUAUGUUGUAACAUGGUUACUAGAAAGUAAAAUCAGUGGAUGAAUUUUGUUUACUGUAUUAGUUCCAUCUUUAAUAUUAUUCUCUUUGUAAUGCUCUUGUUUAUCAUAACAAUAAUGUUUUUUUCUUAAUUUAUUGUUCUUUCAUAUUCUCCCUGCAAAGUUGUUCAUCAUGUAUAUGCUUCAUUGUGACACUAUGAAAUGCCUUAACUACUUGUGUGUGCAAGAAUGGACAAUAAAAAAGU